AGUACAUUGGUCUUCGUUUGCGCGUAGCUUGAUGAACGAACCGAUGAUCCUGCGUUCGCGUCUCUUGUUGGUCGUUUUGGUUUUGGAUUUUGGCGCACAUUUAGUUCACUUGAAUUGGUUUGUGGUAGAUCGGGGAGUUCUUGUUGUAGUCGUUUUCUCUUCUUUCUUCGAUCUGACGAGAAAUGCGAUCUUGAUGUUGAGCAAAAUUAAUGGUUUAUUUGAUGUUUUAUGGUAAAUGUUUCUUGAUUUUAUGGGUUCCGGUCUCUUUCUUGAUUUCCUGUUGCUUAGUUUCUUGGUGUUGUUGUGGUUGGUCUCCUUAGCAGAGAGAUCGAUGCAGCAAGAGGUUGUUUCUCCCAGCAAUGGCGACCGCCUCGGUUCUUCGAUCACAUCGCCGUCAUUCGUUUCACCAGAUCGACGGCCCCAGUCCCCCGUAUACUUCAACAGUGGUGGCGAUCUCCCGUGCACGUACCCCGUCUUCUCACCCGAGGACAGCUUGGCGCUCUUGAGCCCUCUUCUCCCCGCCUCCAGCUCUGUCUCGAUAUCCCCCUCGUCGGUUUACUUCGAUGAGGUGGAGGCCGCCGCCACCGCCACUGAAAACCGCCUCUACCUGGCCCGACUCGCCCUCCAAUACCAGGAGAUGACCGAGAACUACGACCUCUGCCUCUCCCACCUCCGCGACGCCGCCGAGGAGGUUGAGUCCCUCCGCCGCGAGAACGCGAGCCUCCGAGCGGCCAAUGUAGAGCUUACAAGGCGGCUCGGUCUCCUCGCCGGGAAGCACGGCGGUCGUGUGACGAUAUCCGCGGCUGCGGCACUGGCUGAUGAGUUCCGUGGACUCAGCGUCGCCGAACCACCGCCCGCCGAGGAGAGCCCCACGAGCGUGCUCGCCUUCCAGGAAAGCGUCAGUGGCUGCCAGUUUACGAGGACGCCGGUUGUCGAGAAGCGGGUCUCGCUGCCUAAGAGCAUCUCGAUUCGGUCCAGUGGGUACCUGAAGCUGAACCCGGGCGGCGGAGCCACUUCGGCUGCGAACCGCAACGGCCGGUUUCGCCUUUCCAACCCCGUCAUGAUCGGCUCGCAGCGGGUGUCCGUGGGAGGGGGAAGCACCAAUAAGAAGGGCGAAAGAAGCAGAGGAGAGGACAAAGAAGAGGAGGGGGAGGAGGGGGGCGGCGGAGCAAUGGAGGUGGAAGUCUACCACCAGGGAAUGUUCAAGACGGAGCUGUGCAACAAGUGGGAGGAGAGCGGGGAGUGCCCCUACAGCGACCACUGCCAGUUCGCCCACGGCAUAGCCGAGCUCCGCCCUGUCCUCCGCCACCCCCGCUACAAGACCGAGCUCUGCCGCAUGGUCGUCUCCGGUGGCACCUGUCCUUACGGCCACCGGUGCCACUUCCGCCACUCCCUCUCUCCCUCGGACCACCAACGCCUCCUCCUCCGCCCUCAGUAGAGAUUGCUGUUGUUCCUAUAUCCUACUCAAAACAUACGUAGCAUGGCAAACAUAUCCUCUGACCGUAAUUAAUGACAAUAAAUAAAAAAGAAACAAAAGCUUACCACAAAAAUGAAACAUUGAGUACCGAAGUUAUGUUCUCCCCCUAACCAAAAUUAUUACGAAUGCUGAAGGAAGAGUAGCAGAUUUAAUCCGAUACGAGUUGGUGUGAAUAUGCAUAAAGAAAGCAGGCGAUCCCGUAUGGUUCUGUUUGUAAAUGGCUUUUGCUCUGGAUGUGUUUGCCUUAGUCAAUAAUCAAUGUGUGUAGA